UCCCAACCUACUCUGGAACUCAACUGGGAAUGGUGAAAAAACACACCACGGGGGCAGGAUUGUGACGAUAUCACGCCGUUAAAAAUAAAUGAUCCCGUUCUUUUAAUUGCGGGGUUACUGGUUAUACAGCUGAAACAAAACUGGAAAGGACAUCUUUCAACAUCAGAGGGUGCCCUCUGUCUGUGUGUUGCCUCUCAAGAUGUCCAGCGCGGUGUUGCUGUAGUGGAGAGAACCACCACUUCUUCUUCAGACAGUGCCUCGGUCGGUCGAUCACCAUGCUUCGCUCAAGUGUCAGUCCCAACUCAAAACCCAACUGUAGCCCUGUCUGGCUCAUCUGUUUUCUCCUGGGCCUCUUGGCUGUACACACGCAUGCCAAAGAUGUCCUUACUGUACCCCAGCAGGUGACUCUGUCACCUAAUUAUUAUGCACAGCAACUAUCCAUAUCCUGGCUGGGAGGAGCAGCCACUACGUUUGACCUCAUGAUUCUCAGAACUGAACUCAAUGAAACUGUCUUCUAUGAGACAGUGCCUGUGACUGUGAAUGAGGUGAGUGGUCGGCAUCAGUGGAACUGGACCUCAGUUGAACCUCUGGAGUGUACAUCACUGUCGAUCAAAAUCCGCUCGAGACAGGGACAGACAACGAGUCAAUGGAGCAAUGUUGAGAUUCUCCAAGGAAGAGACCUGCCCAGCAUUGAAAGAUUCCAGAUGUACCCCCAGGACAGAGUUGUACCUGUGGGGGCCAACACCACCUUCUGUUGCAUCGUGAAGGAGGGGAGGCACCUUGGUACCAUCAGCUACAGGAGCACAGUCAUGAACAUGACACGACUGAGUAGACGAAGUUACGCCAUCACAGCGAUUAAUCAGGAACCAUCUGGCCAUAGUGGGACCAACGUCAUCUGUUACGACGAUCUAAAGACAGACAUAACGGGAGCGGUGGUGUUCGUUGGAUAUCCACCGCUGCCCACUGAUUUUGUGUGUGAGACCCGAGACUUGACCUCAGCUGUGUGCCAUUGGAAGAAAGGGCGAGACACACACUUAAUAGGCGGAAAACGGAAAACAUACUACUCACUGAACAAGGGCCCGCAGCAGGAGAUAGAGUAUAGCGUGGCUCAAUGGGAGGAUAAGUGGACACUGGUAGCUGUGAAUCCUCUCGGCCAGUACAGUAUCACGGAUUCUGCUGAUAUCGAACACAGAGUGAGACCAGUAGCACCAGAAAACCUGACCUCUGUCACACAUGCCUGGAAUGCUACUGUAAUGUGGCAGUGGAAGCACGAAAACUAUUUCUCCUUGGAUCUUCUCUGCCAGGUAGAGCUUACCUCCCAGGAGCACCAAACAAUGCUCAAUUUCUCAGGGAAGGGUCUGUGGUCAGUGGUUGUAUCGGACCUGUAUCCUGAUGAGGAUCACAGUGUUAGAGUCCGCUGUGGUGCCCAGCAGAAUUUCUGGAGGUGGGGAGACUGGAGCGAACCCUUUUCCUUCAAAACCAACAUUGAUGUUCCAGAUGCUCCUGAUGUGUGGAAAUAUAUUAAGAGAGAUAACACUGGGAAGAUCAUUUGGAAGCCUUUGACACAUAGACAGAGCCAUGGUCAAAUCACAGGUUAUGAAGUGACUCUCUGGAGCCCUGAGGAGAAUAUACAGCACACAAAAACUGUUCCUCCGAACAUUUCCUAUUUACAAGUCAACCUCACACAGAACACUACCUUCACCAAUGACAACAAGGUCAUAGCAACUGUCAUUGCGAAGAACGCUGCUGGGGUGUCACAGUCUGCAAGUGUAGUUAUUCCUCUACAUUGGACAGAUGUGGACCUCCUUGGUGUGUCCAGGGUAGUUUAUAUGGACGGAGGUUUCCCUCUCUCCUGGCAAAGCAAUGCCAAUGCCACCUGUGGUUAUGUGGUAGAAUGGCAAGAUGCCCUCUGCAUAGGGGACUGCCCUGUGGAGUGGAUCAAACUGGGCCCUGGAAACACUAAUGUCUCCAUUGAGUCAGCCAACUUCCAGCCGGGUGUGAGGUACAACAUUUUUCUGUACAGCUGCUCCUCAGAGCUGCUGCAGCGCUGGCAGGGAUACAUGCAGGAGCUGGUCCCCUCCAGCUCUGUCCCCCUGCUGUCACCCAUUCAGCGGAACUCUAAUAUUCUCUUGAGCUGGGGAGAGAUCCCGCUGGUCAACAGAAGAGGCUACCUCCUGGGCUACAACAUUUACAUCAGUAAUGGCUCCCAGCUCACACUACUAGCCAAUCUGUCAGACCCUGGAAGCAGGACAUACACAGUUAAGGGUCUCCCUGAGGGCUCCUAUAAAUUUACUGUCAAGGCCUACACCUCAGCAGGCGAGGACAGAGGCGCCACUGCCUCCAUAACGAUGGAGCCAUACACUGAUUGGCUCAUUCUGGAAAUCUUGGCCUCUCUGGGAAUAACAAGCUUAUUCCUGGUCAUUGUCACCUUAAUUUGCUACAAGAAACGGAAAUGGGUGAAGACGGCGUUCUAUCCAGACAUACCUGAGCCAAAGCUGUCCGGUGAUUGGUCUAGAAAACAGGGGCCAUUGGAUGUGAAGCCAUCUCCCCACAGUAUGGUUCGAAUUGUAGACAAGCCUGAUUGGGAUUCUAAAGAAGUGCUGGUCGUCAUUCCUGAAGAAGACGAGGAGGAAGACGAUGAAGGGCAGGGGAUGGGAGACGAGCCAAUUGACACAGAUGAGCCGACAUCAUUACGCUAUUACAACCAAGUGGUAGAUGACCGACCCAUAAGGCCGCGUUUCCCAGACUCCUCUGCUUCUUCUGCAUCUUCGUUGGAUUCGGCACGCACAGAUGUGACUUACACAGGGAUCCAGACCUCAGGGUCUUCUUUGGUUUUCCAGCUGGAUCCACAGGGCUCCUCUGAGGGCCACCAACCCCAGGCCGAUCUGUCUGUCAGCAGUGGAGGUGGAGGUGGGGGUUACCGGCCGCAGAUGCAACCUAGAGCCCCAAGUAAUGACUUGGACCUAGCUUCCACCCAGUCUUUCAUAGAGCCCCAGGCUGCCAGUGCUGGGGGCUACAAACCCCAGUGUUCCUGGCAUUUGGACUCCCCUGUGGAGGCUGAGGAAAGUGGAAACCUGGCUCCCUGUCUGGGAUCCCCCACCUCUGUUGCUUCCACUCAGUUCCUCCUCCCUGAUGGUGGUUCAGAGGAACAUGAAGAGGAGAAACGUCAACUGUCAUCAUCGGCAGCAACCUGGCUCAGCAACCUGCUGUCAUCCACAAAACCAUGAUAUCAUCUCUUACUUAAGCAGCCAGGCCAGGGGGUUUUACAUAAAACUUAAAGAUCUAUUACUGUUACUGAUGACACGGAUCAAACAAGUCUAGCCCAUAUGGUCAACAUAUAGUAUCCCCUCUGAUGUAGCAGUACAUUCUUAGGAUUGCACUUUAACAGCAGGGUAAUAAUGUUAUAAACAUCAGAUAAAGGUAUACUUGUUAAUUUUAUCUUUAAUACAAAUACCACAAAUCAAAAUCUGUAUAUUUAUAUGUCAAAACAUUUAUAUUCUGAAAACAGAUGUCUUCUUCAUACCUCUGUGUUCCACCAUAUUUGUCGCACCCCCUGGCAACCUGGCGGCUGUUCAGUAUUCUCACUGCCUUUUCUGUGACUCCCUAAAAUGGGCAUUUAGCAAUGGCAUAUCCUGUGUUCACGUUGAGUAUAUUCAGUUUUUAGCUUGCAUAUCAGAUGUUUUUACUUUUUGUGAUGUGAACUUACUGAAAUGAAAUACAGAAGGAAACAAACAAGAACAUAAUGGACAUAUUUGGAAGAACACUACAAAGGAACUGUUUCAAUAUAGAAGGUAGCUAAGUAGACAGUAAACCUCUCUCUCGUUACAGUAACACUAUCUUUUGCUGGUCCAUUAAUGGGAUAAUCUUGCCUAUUUUACGACAGCUGAUGAGCUACUGAAAGGAAAAAAGGCAUUUGGCUGUAGAAUAGCAUCUAUUUUUCACAAAUGACUGUCUGAACAGUGGGCCAUUAAUUGGAAAAUGCACUUUUUCCAUGAGUAAAGUCAUUAUUUUACACAGAUAUAGGAGUGGUGCUUUCCCAUAUGGCCUGGAAUUGUCUGGGUGAUGACCCCAUGGAGAUACACUGAUAUAAGCUAGAACAUGAAUACAAACUGAUGUAAUUUAAUGGACAAAACACACUAUAAUGUUAUUUUUGAUUGUUUUUGUUGUUGUUUUGUCUUUCUUAACCAGUAGGUUUUUAUUUGUAAGAAACACACAUUUCACAUUCAGGCCAGUGUUUUUUUUUUUUUGUCUGUUGUUAUGUGUGGUGCAUUACCCCCCCAAUGAUGAGAUAGGAGCCUUUCCACUGAGCUGAUUGCUAAUGAGCAAAUUAUGAUAAUCAACUUGGAUGGAUAAUUACAGUCUUUAACUUGCCUGGAUAAAUCUAAUACUUCCAGUCAUUUUCACCGUGUCACCUUUCACACACUGCCUUGCUCCUAAAUGUUAUGUAUAAUGAAAAGAAAUGCAGUAGCUCACAGUUAUGCAGUUCAAGACUGAUCAGAAAUGUAUUUUAUAGGACAUACAGAUUCCACUGGCACUGACCGUAAUGUACUGAAGAAGUUUGGUUACAUUUUAAUUGUCAUGAUGUUAAUUUCACCUUUGUCAGUAUAUUUGUGAGGAUGUUUGCUUUUGAUUUUUAACAAUGCUGAGAAUGCUUCUGAUGUCGAUUAGCUAUGUUUGGAAGCUUGUUCAUUUUUAGGGAGAUCCAAGUCUACACUACAUUCAUCGUUGUCAGAAAAUGUGACUAUUAAUCUUCCGUUACAAAUAGAUCCUGAAGCCUCCUUGUACAUUUUGUGAUGGAAAAAGGGACCAAGUGGAAAGCAUAUAUUUGGAAAUGCUACCAUUGAGCUGUUGUUGACAAAAGUGUGGGGUAAUUACAAUGUGAAUAUCGGUCACUUAACAGCACUUUGGUGCCUCCAUUAUGGUGUCAAACACAAGGCCACUAAUUGCCUGUAUUUGUAUGUAAGAACACUCCACAUACUCCAUUUGCUCUCCACUCAUGUGUACAGUGUGGGUGUUAAGGAUCGGCUUCCCGAAAGCAUCAUUAUGCUAAGAUUAUCCUUUGACAUUCUAAUCCAGUCGUAACUAGGAUUCUAAUUUUAUUAUGACUCUACUAUUACUAUCUCUAUUAUUACUAUUUUCUAUAGUCAGGCACUGGCUUGCCUAAGUGACAGCCUGUGGCCUGUUGUUUCUCAGUGCCUCCAGCCUACAAGCUUUAAGUAAAACUACUGUGACAUGGACGAUGACUUAGAUGAACUACAAUGGAUGGCUUCAAUGAUGAACUAGUAACAGGCAGGCAGUCCUCUUUGACUACUGAGAAAAAUGUAUCCACCUCUUUGUCUCUCUCUUGACCUGUAACACUGAUCUGAAGUUUAACUUGGUUAAUGAGAAGUAUCAAUUGGCAGAAUUUGUCAAAAAUCUAAAAUGGAGCUUAGUGUAUUGAGUGAAUCAACCAGAUGUGUGAGAUCAGUGAUCACUUCAAGGGAAUGAUGAAAUGGUGGAUAUAGUUUUGAGUAUUUAAACAUGGCUGCGGAUAUUUUUUUUUCCUUUAAAGCCCAUGCUUUCUCAAUUGAGCAGGGCUUUGGAGACUAACCUAUGAACGCUAUGUGUUACAUGCUUUUAUGUUGAUUUGGAUCAACAAAAUGGCACCUUUUUAUUUUCUUUUUUAUACAAUUUAUUGUACAUAUAUAUAAUUUUCUUUCAUUUGUUUCCUUCUUAUAACAAGACUUAUGUUGUGUUACAUUGGAAAUUAUAUUCCCUAUACUUCAACAGACAAAGUUAAUGGUGACUAACCAGCUUUCCUGAAAGAAUAAAGGCAAAUAUUUGUUGAUGAUAUCAGAUAGUUAUGUAAAAUGUAAAAGCAUCACACUUUGAUUGUAUGUUUAUUGUGCGCUCAAACACAUGGUAAAGUGUUACUGAAAAAUUUUGUGAACUGAACCAGAAUUGUAAUCCUGUCUUCCUACAAUAGUUUAGCCUGCUUUGCAUUCCUGUCUUAUUACAGCAGUGUUGCUUUGCCAGACACAUUAUUAGUAGGGCCAGAGCACCCACCACGCAGACUCAUACAUGGCAAAUGCUGACAUGCAGUCCAUUACAUUUUUUUCAAUUCUCCAUCCUCUUUUUUAAUUGGAGCCUAUGUUUUUAUUCUGUAGAACAUUAGGAUUAUGUGGUUUAUACGGCAGGAUGCACUUGCUGCCUUACACAUCCUCUUCUCUGGCCCUAGAUGUUUUUGCAAAUGCUGCAUGCUGUAUAAACUGUUACUCCAAAAUCGUGGCUUGUAGCACCUUUUAACUUCAUGUUUAUGUUACCCUAUGGCUUUAAAACACUAACACUGACUAAUGCUGCGCAUGACAACAUGAGUGACAUGCACCUGGAAAGGCUUUUAUUGCUGAAAUGUGUUAAAUUCAUGAUGUUUUGGAGUAUAUUUUACUAUUGAUUGAAUGAAAAGAGACUGUAUUUGUUCUGGGUGAUUAAAUACAUGUUAACACUAAUAACACAAACUGAGAUGCUACAUGUUAAAAGACAAUAAAGUUAUUUGUCUGGCAA